UGGCCGACGUGGGCGGGCCGCUGCUCAAUAUAAUGGGUCUUCCCGGAGCGCUUCCGGGUGUUACCGGCAGAGGGCGCCGGCCGAGACGCUGCCGGCGGAGUCGCAAGGUCUGACCACAGGGCCUGUCCCAGUAGCCACAACCGCCGCCAUGAAGGCCGUGGUGCAGCGCGUCACCCGGGCUAGCGUCACAGUUGGAGGAGAGCAGAUAAGUGCCAUUGGACGGGGCAUCUGUGUGUUGCUGGGUAUAUCCGUGGAAGAUUCACAGAAGGAACUGGAACACAUGGUUCGAAAGAUUUUAAAUCUGCGUGUGUUUGAGGACGAGAGUGGGAAACACUGGUCCAAGAGCGUGAUGGAUAAGCAGUACGAGAUACUGUGUGUCAGCCAGUUCACCCUCCAGUGUGUCCUGAAGGGGAACAAGCCUGACUUCCACCUGGCGAUGCCCACGGAGCAGGCGGAGAGCUUCUACAACAGCUUCCUGGAACAGCUACGCAAGAGCUACAGGCCUGAGCUCAUCAGAGAUGGCAAGUUUGGUGCCUACAUGCAGGUGCACAUUCAGAACGAUGGGCCAGUGACUAUAGAGCUGGAGUCCCCUGCUCCUGGAGCGGCUAACUCUGACCCAAAGCAGCUGUCAAAGCUGGAGAAGCAGCAGCAGAGAAAAGAAAAGACCAGAGCCAAGGGGCCUUCCGAGUCGAGCAAAGAACGAAAUGUACCCCGAAAAGAGGACCGCAGCGCCAGCAGCGGGGCAGAGGGCGAUGUGUCUUCGGAGCGGGAGCCAUAGAUGCAGGAGCAGGAGCUCAGCAAAAUUCCAUUUGGCAGAACCGGAUCCUGAAAAAUUCAAGAUGCUAAGCCCCUACACCGCUUUAAGAAUUCAGGACUCAAAUAUGAAAAGAAAAUCAGGAAUAAGACCCUGGGAACAUGAAUAUCCCUGCAGAAAAACACCAAAGGACCAUUCCAUUUCCUGUAAUGCUGUGGUCUGAUGGGGUAGUAGGUAUUGUGGGAUUGGGGAAUGCUCGUGAUUGGCACACACCUGUGCCUCCCCCAUGGAGAGAGGUCCAUUGAUUUUCUUGCUUCCUACCAUGUCUUGGCUUGCUUUGGGAACAGGCUGGCCCAGCAUCAUCUGUCCUCAAGUCUCUUGUGGUGUUUUCUUUGUGCCCAUGAUCAGUCUCCAGCACAUCCCUGAUGUCCAUGUUGUCUCCAUCACUGAGUCACAAGGCAGGGCUGGUGUUAGGCAACUAACAGUACCAUAUUGUAUGAAACUUUGCAUCUUGUAAAUUUUCUCCUUUUUUCUAAAAAUAAAUAAUAAUAAAACUGCAAA